CUUGGAAUAGAAAAGAAGAAUAAAUGCAAGAAAACAACCCCCUUAUCUUGAUAUACUCUUUCGAGCCGAGUUUUGUUUGAUGUACUGUUGUACUCGUGUUGUGGUGUCAUUGUAAGGUUUGCGGCUCCUUUUAUCCUGAACGGCUGAAUGGGCAAUAUGAACCCGAGGACCCCUACGGGAGGUACUUCUUCAGCGGGCGAUCUCGGCCUUGGAAUUUGUCACGUCGCACACAUUUCAACUUCCACCUCUCAACACCAACAACCAGCAAUGCGCUUGCGAUAAUCCUCUACCCAACAAUGGCAGUCUAUGCGAUCAAGGCGGUCGGUCGCGCAGCCUUCCGACGAUCCCACAUUCCAAGCAAACCUCCAAAUGUCACCACCAAAAGACACACCAACUCACGAGCAAAGCCCGAAGACGACCCCUACACUGGAGGUACCUCCAUCCCAGUUCCCAACACCGUCGCGACUGUGCCACUCUGGCAACGACUGGGUCCUUUGUCGCGGGGCUUUCGGGCAUAUGGGAAUAGUCAGAGGAAGCGUCCUUAUACCACCCAGUUCUGUAGUUCGUUGGUGAUUUACUUCCUCGGGGAUCUGUCGGCGCAGAAUAUCAAUGGUGAUGAAUAUGAUCCUAAGAGAACCAUACGGGCGUUAUUCAUUAGUGCGGGGUCUUCGAUUCCAAGUUACAAAUGGUACAUUGCUUUCCCUUUCGCUUUCGAAUGUGAAGUGCUAAUGCGCAACUAGGUUCAUGUUCUUAGGGAACAACUUCAACUACUCCUCCAAAGUCCUCUCCUUAGCCACGAAAGUCACAGUCAACCAAGUAUGUUUCACACCCAUAUUCAACACAUAUUUCUUCGGUAUGCAGUCUCUCCUCUCUGGGGACUCUUUGCAGGAAGUCUGGGAACGGAUCAAGAGGACGGUUCCCACUUCUAUGAUGAAUAGUUGUAAACUCUGGCCUGCGGUCACGGCAUUCAGUUUUACAUUCAUCGAGGCGCAAUAUCGCAGUAUCUUUGCGGGUGUCAUUGCGAUUGGGUGGCAGACAUAUCUCAGUUAUUUGAACCGACAAGCUGAAAUUGCGGAGGCGAGGGAGAAAUCCAGUAGGGGUGAGACAGAUGUUAUGAAGGAAAUCGACGAAGGAGUGCGUAGAUUGGAGGCGUGAUUAGAAUGUGACUGCUGUUGUACAUAUACGGGCUUUGGGAAUUCCAUGAUACCAAGUUGCAUAGAUAGAUGGCGUUUGAAACUUGGGAUUGGAUUUGGAGUUUGGGUGGAGAUUUACAGGACUCGCGUCAGGGUAAUACACGGGAAUGGUAAUGGGAUAGACAUAUAGACUGGUCACCGCAAUUGCGGU